UGGAAUCCGAGAGGCGAGAAGUCAGAAGACGAGUGUGAGUCGGGCCACUCGGGUCUCGGGCAGUCACAACUCACGAACUGCGGACGGGUGUGCCAAAAGCCCAUCGUUACUCGCUGGGCUCUUGCUGGAAAUCUGGAUUCCCACCCUUUGCGUUGAACAUAUCAAUAUUUAAUUUUGAAUAUUCUAGUCUUCAUGUCUUAAAUACAAAUCACUACUAUAUUAUGUUUAUCAGUGUUUUUAUUUUAUUUAUGGCAGCAAAGUUUUACUAGAUAUAUAAAUAUAUUAUGUACAAAUGCGAACCCCUUUUACGACCAAAUCAGUAUAGUUGUCUAUGGACCAAAUUACAGGUUUGAUAUAAAAGUAUACCUAAAAAAAACCUAAUUGUAAUGAUUUAUGUUCACAGUACGUCAGUUAUUAAUUGAAAAACAAACAAAAAAGAUCACAUAAUUCAAUAUGGAACCAUUAAGAACAACUAUUAGUGAUUGCGUGAUAAAUUCCAAGUAUUAUGAUAUAAUAUACAGUUCUAGAGUGUUGUCAAUCCCACUUAUUAGAUGUGAUGAUAAAGUAUUUAAUGGAAUUAUUAAACAGGAAAAUAUCGAUAGUAAAGUAUUUAAUAGAAUUAUUGAACAGAAAAAUAUUGAAAAUCAAGUAUUUAAUGGAAUUAUUAAAAAAGAAAUUAUUGACAAAAUUAUUGAUGGUCUUCACAAUAAUAGUCAAUUAUUACAAUUAGGUUCUAGAGUGGAGCCAUUGGCACUUAAUACAGUAUGUGGUGAUCAAAUAUUUGAUGGAGUUAAUAAACAGGAAAACAUCGAUAGUCAAGUAUUUAAUGGAAUUAUUAAAGAGGAAAUUAUUGAUGAAACCGACCAUCACGAUGAUAGUCAAUUAAUACAAAAAGGAACUGAAGAAAAAGGAAACACAAUUGAUACCGAGAUACAAAUAAAAAAAGAUUUUAUUGAGGAACAGGAAUUUGAAGGAACAGUUUUAUAUGAAAACCACUCUUCAGAAUUCAUUACUUGUAUAAAUACGGACAUGACUUUUAACAGCAUAAGGAAAAAUCCAUUUAAUGAUGUCCAUGAUAAAAUAUCUACAGCAUCCAGCUUAACUGUGUAUACAAGGAUACAUAACGGAAAAAAGCUGCAUAAAUGUGAUAUCUGUGGUAUACAGUUUUCUAAAGUAUCAGAUUUAACCAGGCAUACAAGGACACAUACAAAGGAAAAGCCAUAUAAAUGUGAUAUCUGUGAUACAGCGUUUGCUAGAGCAUCAGUUCUUACAAGGCAUAACAAAAUACAUGCCAGAGAACAGUCGUAUAAAUGUGAUAUCUGUAGUAUACAGUUGUUUAGAGCAUCACAUUUAACCAGACAUAAAAGGACACAUAUUGUAGAAAAGCCUUAUAAAUGUGAUAUUUGUGAUCAAGCUUUUUUUCAUGCAUAUCAUUUAAACAUCCAUAAAAGGACACACACCGGAAGAAGGCCGCAUAAAUGUGAUAUCUGUAAUACAGCAUUUUCUAAAACAUCACAUUUAACCAGGCAUAAAAGGACACAUACCGGAGAAAAGCCUUAUAAAUGUGAAUUUUGUGAUCAAGCUUUUGCUCAAAAGUAUAAUUUAACUACCCAUGAAAGAACACAUACCGGAGAAAAGCCGUAUAAGUGUGAUAUCUGUGGUUUACGGUUUUCUGAUGCAUCAAACUUAACAAAGCAUAGUAGGAGGUCACAUAACGGAAAAAAAUCCUUAUCAUUGUGAUAUCUGUUUCCAAUGGUUUUCUCUUUGAUCACAUUUAAAAAGUUAUAAAAAGACACAUGCCAAAGAAAACCGUAUGUCUGUAUAAAUUUACCAUCCACAAUUAAAGAUAUAAUGGCUGCACAACGAGGUGCGAUUACGAGACCUACAAAGUGUCUUAAACUUGAGCUACCAUUAUAUCUUUAAUCAUGGUAUUUUCUGUAAUAUAGCGUUUUCUAAGGCAUCAAAUUAAUAAAAUUAUACAUUCAUACGAGGAUACAUACCAGAAGUCUUUAAAAAUGCAACAUAUAUUCAAGACACAUACAAAUUAUAUUCUAACAAUACAGUUUAUUUUAUAAUUUAAUUAACAAUAAUAUCUGUAUUAUCAAUAUUUAACAUUAUUUAUUACACUACAAAACAUAAAAUAUAUUCAUAUUUUUAUUAGAUUUUCCUCAAUUUAGUCAUAAUUGGUAUAUUGUUAUUUUAAUUAUAAAAUUGUUGAUUUUUA